GAAGUCCUUCUGAGGCUAUCAAAACAUGGACAGGCCAUGAGGCUCCGAUGACCAUCCCUGAAUUAUUUUGAGAUUCAGUCAGCUGGUUUGGGACACAUCCAGCCCUUGUAUCAAAAAAUGGCAACAAAUGGGAAAUCCUGAAUUUCAGCCAGUACUAUGAGGCAUGUUGGAAGGCUGCCAGGUCCUUGCUCAAGCUGGGCUUGGAGUGUUUCCAUGGAGUUGGCAUCCUGGGUUUUAAAUCUGUGCAGUGGUUUGUUGCUGCUCUUGGCUCCAUCAUAGCAGGGGGUCUUUGUGUCGGUAUUUAUGCCACCAACUCUGUUGAGGCUUGUCAAUAUGUCAUUGGUCAAGCCAAGGUGAACAUCUUGCUGGUUGAAAAUGAUCAACAGAUACAGAAAAUCAUUUUGAUUCCACGGAGCAGACUGGAGACUCUAAAGGCGAUCGUCCGGUACCGGCUGCCGAUAAAAGAGAGCGGUGACAACCGGGGCUUUGUAAGUUGGGAUGAUUUCAUGGAACUUGGCAGUAGCAUUCCUGACACCCAACUGGAGAGAAUUAUUGAGAGCCAGAAAGCUAAUCAAUGUGCCCUAAUCAUCUGUACUUCGGGAACCAUAGGCCCACCCAAGGGAGCAAUGCUCAGCCAUGACAAUAUCAUGUGGAUGGCCGGGGCAGUGUCAAAAGACUUUGGACUAUUGGAGAAGCGGGAGUUGGUGGUCAGCUACCUGCCCCUCAGCCACAUUGCAGCACAGAUGAUGGACAUCUAUAAGAUUGGGGCAGUCACAUACUUUGCUCAGCCAGAUGCUCUCUGGGGCACCUUGUUAAGUACUCUGCAGAAUGUAAAGCCUGCUCUUUUCAUGGGGGUGCCUCAAGUUUGGGAGAAGGUGUAUGAGACAAUCAGGGAAAAGAAUGCCAAAUAUCUCAAGAAGAAGAUGUUUUUAUGGGCGAAAACAAUUGGCUUCUGGACCAACACGAAAAGGAUGGUGGGGAAACAGGAAACUAAUAUGAGUUACUAUGUGGCUAACAGCCUGGUGUUCAGCAAAAUCAGGAGCUCCCUAGGCUUGGAUCACUGCCACAUUUCCAUCAGUGUGGCUGCACCUAUCACCAAAGAGACUGCUGAGUUAAGCUUGGACAUACCUAUAGGUGAGGUACAUGGGCUGACUGAAAGCUCUGGACCUCAUGCCAUCUCCACCUACUAUAACUUCAGGCUCCUAAGCUGCAGCAAGAUCUUGACUGGGUGUAAGAACAUGCCAUUUGAGCAGAAUAAGGAGGGCAUUGGGGAGAUCUGCAUGUCAGACAGGCAAUCUUCAUGGACUACCUGGAGAAGUGAGGUUGAAACUCUGGAGGUCUUCGGUGAGGAAGGCUGGCUACAUUCAGCGGAUCUGGGACACAUGGACAACCAGGGCUUCCUCUACAUCACUGGCCACAUCAAAGAAAUCCUCAUCACUGCUGGAGGUGAAAACGACCCUAUUCACAUGGAGACCUUGGUGAAGGAGAUCCCCAUCAUCAAAGCCAAUUUUCUAAGCAUGUUGCUGACAGUGGAAUGUGAGAAGGAUCCAGUGAGUGGACAGCCUCUGGACCAGCUGAGCAUGGAGGUCAUCAACUUCUGCUGGAACCUGGGGAGCAAGGCAUCCACUGUGACUGAGAUCCUGAAAAUGCGGGAACCUAUGUUCUAUGCAGCCAUCCAGCAGACCAUAAACCAGCAGUCUAUCUCCAAUGUGCAGAAGAUUCAGAAGUGGGUUAUCCUGGGGAAGGACUUUUCCACCUCUGGAGGAGAGCUAGGUUCCAGUUACUGGACCACGCACAGACAUGGUGAGGUGCGGCUGCGGCAGGACGAGAACUCGUUCAGGGAUAAGGCGCCGCUCACAGUACACGAUAUGAUCAUGGGCACAGCCACCAAGUACGCCAACUACAUCGCGCUCGGCUCCAAGUACAAGGACAACUGGCACCUGCUCACCUACAUCGAGUACUACGAAGAAUGCCGGCGAGCCGCCAAAGCCUUCCUCAAGCUGGGCCUCCAGCGCUUCCACGGUGUGGGGAUCAUGGGGCUGAAUUCAGAGGAGUGGGUCAUCGCCAGCAUUGGUGCCAUCAUGGCAGGAGGCUUUUCUGUUGGCAUCUUGACUAACAGCACCCCAAAGUCUUGCCAGAUGAUCGCUGAAAAUGCGGAGAUGGACAUCUUUGUGGUGGAUAAUGACAGGCAGCUACAGAAAAUCCUACAGAUCCAGGGCUCCCUGAAGCAUCUCAAAGCCAUUGUCCAGUACAAGGAGGUAAUCCAGACGGAGCAGACAAACCUGUAUUCGUGGCAAAGUUUCCUGGACCUCGCAGAGGGUGUCUCGGACUACAGGCUGGACCAGGUCAUUGACUCACAAAAGCCCAAUCAGUGCUGUACCUUGGUCUUCAGCCUGUCAGCCACAGGCCCCCCCAAAGCUGUGAUGUUAAGCCACGACAAUAUCACCUGGACCACAGAAGCCACUGUCCAGAGCCUUUGUUAUAAGUGCCCCCCAGAAGGGCAAGAAGUCCUGGUGAACUACCUCCCACUCGCCUACAUGGGGGCCCAAAUCUUUGACAUGUGGGUCACCAUUGAGGUGGCUGGGGCACUCUACUUUGCUCAGCCAGACGGUGUGAAGGGUUCACUGAUGGAUAUUCUGCGGGAGGUGAGGCCCACCACGUUCUACGGCGUCCCAUGGAUCUGGGACCGGAUGCUCGACAACCUCAAGGCCAGCCAACUGGACUCGACCACGUUGCGGAGGAAGUUUGACAAGUGGGCCAUGAUGCUGGGACUCAGGACCAAUCAGAAGCGGAUGUUUGGGCACAUAGAUCUUCCACUAUGCUUUGGCCUGGCCAAGAGCCUGACCUUCAACCCAGCCAGGAAGUUGUUUGGCCUGGAACACUGCCAGCAGUUCUUCAACAUGGGGCCAGGGCUCCCCAGGGCCACCCUGGACUUCUUCCUCAGCCUCAACAUCCCCAUCUUUGAGUUCUAUGGCUUGACCGAAUGCACAGGCAUCCACUCCAUAUCCAGCCACAAGGCCUUCCGGCUGCUGAGCUCUGGGAAGGGGCUACCCAGGGCCCACACCAGGGUGCAUAAGGAAGAUGAGGAGGGUGUUGGGAACAUCUCCAUUUGGGGCCGAAACAUCUUCAUGGGUUAUCUCAACAACAAGGAGGAGACAGAGAAGAGGAUGGACGCUCAAGGCUGGAUGCACACAGGGGACCUGGGUUUUUUGGAUGUUAAUAAGUUCCUGUACAUCACAGGCAAUGUCAAGGAUAUCAUCACUCUCAGUUCUGGGGAAAAGGUCAACCCCAAACCCAUCGAGGACCAGGUGAAGAUGUACAUCCCCAUCGUGCGGCACGUGGUGGUGGUGGGCCAAGAUGCUCCGUACCUGUGCGCCCUGCUCACGCUAAAGUGCCAGGUCAAUAUGGAGACAGGAGAGCCUCGAAACACGCUGACCAGUGAGGCUGUGGCUUUCUGCCGGCAACUCAAGAGCCACUCUACAAGGCUGACAGACAUCAUCAACGGCCAGGACCACAUCGUCAUGGGGUUCAUCAGCGAGGUCAUUGAUGCCAUCAACGCGGAAGCUCAGUCAGAGAGCACCAAGAUUGUCAAGUGGACCAUCCUCAACACAGACUUCUCCAUUGCUGGCGGGGAGCUCGGAGAAACAACAAAAGUGAAGAGGGCAAUUGUGGCCAAGAUAUACCAAGAGGAAAUUGAAAACUUUUACAAGGAGGAUUGA